AUGAGUUCAGAGCAGCUUAUGGAGUUUACGUGUCUUAUCAAGAUGGAAAAGGAGAACGAUGUGUUCAACUACUACCACAUCCAUCAUGUGUCCAUCUUACACCAAGGACAACGCAGCAAGGUUCUCAUGGGAGUGAGCAACAUCACCCCCGACAAGAAAUUCGCAAUCAAGCUGAUGCCUCUUCACCAUGCUAAGGACACUAAUCGCUUCGCCCACGAGCUGCGUAUGAUGAACCACCUUGCUGACAUACCCGGAGUUGUGCCUUUGUUGACUCCUUUUAUCUCCGGUCACACCGGCUAUCUAGUCAUGCCGUACUACGGGAAGGGAGACCUGCUCUCACAAAUAGGGAACUUCAACGACUACAGCUGGUUCAAAGUACUUGUCAAUACGGCGGUGUCUCUCCAAAGCCUACAUAAGAAGAGGAUUUAUCAUCAGGCCAUGAUGCCAGAGAACAUCCUCCUCACUCGCUCGAACAAUCCCUACAUCUCCGACUUUGGCGCAGCGCGGAAACUCUCUGAGGGAUGUGACAAGGUGGACACGUGGACAGCUCCGUCUGGUUUCCGGGGACCCGAGGCGGACCGGGAGGAGGGUGGCGAGUUCUGUCCAUUCCAAAUGGACACCUACAGCCUGGCUGUCAGCAUGUGGCAGGCACUGUCCGGUCUGUGUCCAGCUAUAUACCACCCGUUGGAUCACCUAGAAUAUAUCCCUCCGCAGUAUGCUCACUUCUUGAUGUACCUUCUUCUUCCUGACCCUGACAAGAGAUGGACCCUGGCCAAGUUCCUCAAUGAGGUCUUGGUUCUUCACCCAGAACUAUUCUAG